AUGGCGGCGGCGGCACCAGCAGCACCACAAUCGCCUUCCUCCGAGACCGCCGCCGACGGGCCAGUCCUCAACCUAGUCAACAAGCGCCUUCGUGCACUGCGCAAGAAGCUUAACCGCAUCGCGCAGAUGGAGGAUUCUGUUUCCCAGGGCAAAACCCUCAACAAGGAGCAGGAGGAAACCCUGCGCUCCAAAUCCUCCGUCCUCGCCGGCAUCGACGAGCUCGAGAAGCUCAAGCAGCCGCUCCUCCAAGCCGUCGGCCAGGAAAUCGAGCUUGCUCUGGAGAAAAACAAGCAGGAGACGGACCCCGUCGCCGCCGCCACCGAAAUCCCGAGCGAGGCCGCGUCCACUGCGGAGGCGGAGGAGAAAUCGGGGACACCCACUUCCGACUCGGCGGUUUACGAUCUGCUCAACCUGCUGUACUUCGGCACCGUCUUUGACGUGAAGACGCUGUUUUUAGCACGGGACAAUCUGCUCACGAGAACGCACGAGAGGAACUGCUGCCUGACUUAUGAUUGCAUCACGGACGACGAUGCUGCCGCGGAUCUCCUGCAAGAGCCCGAUUUGGACUUGAUUGCCUCGCUCGGGAGCUUGUUGGUUUCGCGGCCUGUCAAUUCGAGCCUGUCCCAUAAGAACGCGUUGCAGAAGUGUGUGGAGCAUGCCAAACUAUGGCUUGGGAAUGUGGAGCAGCCUAUUGAGCCCGAUUCAAAUGUCACUUAUGCUGGCUUAAGGGAAAAGUUGAAUAAGAUUAUGGCUUCAGAGUACUUUACAACUACACCCGAGAUAAAGGAUGCAGGUGAAGUAGCAGCUGCUGGUGGCAAUUAUGCAUCUUUUCAGGUGCCGGUGGAAGGUUCUACUAUUCCUCCAGUCGGCAUGACCGUCUCAGUGGAAGGUUCUACUGUUGAGUAUCAGCAAGAGGAAGAACAACAACCCAAUGCUGAAACCUACACUGAUGAAACCACCCAUAUUGAAGAAUACCAAAAGGGUACACCCGAGGCAGAAGACACACAAGAGAUUCCAGCUCAUCAAACAGAUGCCCAAGUUGACGAAAACUCGAGGGAUGAUGAACUGAAGGAGCAAAACACGACUCGCGGUGGCGGUUAUUACCAGAGGAACAAUUACGGUCAUUACAGGGGACGAGGUGGGAGAAGUUCAGGUGGCGGCAACUACAAUCAUCACCAUGGGCCAGCCGAGCAUGCGCAGGUUGCUUCUUCCUGA